AUGUCGUUGGAAGCCAUUAUUUUUGAUAGAUCGAACCCAGAAAAGGUUUCAGUGAAGGUACUUGAUCAACUUCUCCUACCAUAUACUACUAAAUACGUUCCAAUUCACACAGUUGAUGAUGGCUACUCAGUUAUCAAAAAUAUGCAAGUGAGAGGUGCUCCAGCAAUUGCGAUUGUGGGAUCUUUAUCUGUCUUGACAGAAAUACAAUUGGUAAAACAUAAUCCAACCUCCAGUGCUACCACACUGUAUCUGCCAGUAAAUUGGGAAUCCACAAAGAGAGUGCUUAAUGAGAGAUUAGAUUUCCUUUUGAGCAGCAGACCAACAGCGGUUAAUCUAUCAAAUUCCCUUGCAGACAUUAAAAAUAUACUGACAUCAUCAGAGAACCUCGAGGUUUUCGACAAUAAUUUAUACAGUUAUGUCUGUCAGUUAAUAGAUGAGGAUUUGGCGAAUAACAUAAAAAUGGGUGAUAAUGGGGCUACUUAUUUACUGGAUACGUUAAUGAAUGAUGGUUUUAAAGGCGGAUUCGCUGUUUUGACGAUUUGCAAUACUGGCUCCUUAGCAACUUCUGGAUAUGGUACGGCUUUGGGUGUUAUCCGUUCUUUAUGGAAGGAUUCAUUGGCAAAAACUAAUGAAGCAAGUUCCGGAUCGAAUAUCGAAAACAAACCCAAGAUGGACCAUGUAUUCCCACUCGAAACAAGGCCUUAUAAUCAAGGUUCAAGGCUAACUGCUUACGAAUUAGUUUCUGAGAAUAUUCCGUCAACUUUAAUUACAGAUAGUUCCAUAGCGUAUAAAAUUAGAACUAGCCCGAUUCCAAUUAAGGCGGCGUUUGUAGGAGCCGAUAGAAUUGUUCGCAAUGGAGAUACAGCAAACAAAAUUGGUACUUUACAACUUGCUGUAAUCUGUAAGCAAUUCGGGAUUAAAUUCUUUGUAGUGGCUCCAAAAACAACUAUAGAUAAUUUAACUGAAACAGGUGAUGAGAUUAUUGUCGAAGAACGUAGGCCUGAAGAAUUUAAACUGGUUACGGGUGCAAUGGUUAAUCCUGAAGAUGGUACUUUGGUUUUGAAUGAGGCAGGAGAGCCGAUCUCGGGAAAGGUAGGAGUUGCCCCUCCUGAAAUUGAUGUAUGGAAUCCUGCCUUCGAUGUUACUCCACAUGAGUUUAUUGAUGGGAUUUUCACUGAGAGAGGUGUAUUCAUCAAGAAUUCUAAAGGUGAAUUUGAGCUAGAAGCUCUUUUUUAA